GGUUGCCCGCAUCCUGGAAUAAAGCUCCAUCAUGUAGUAUUGAUGCGAGACAAAUGAAGACCCAACUUAUCAACUUUGACCCAGGAGAGUCUUCUGACCGUUUCAUAGAAUUAUUAAUAAAGUUCUUAUGGACUAAUUUACUUUUUCCUUCAAGUAAUUUUAGAGUUUCCAAGCAGCUCACCUCUAUUUGCGAGGACGUUGAAGCAUUCAGCUCGUAUAAUUGGCCCGCGACAGUGUGUGGCUUUUUGAUUGAUCAAUUGAACUUAUGUGCGGUGAAGCUUAGGACGGAUCAGCCACUUGGAUAUAUUACUGGCUUUGUCUUCCUCUUAACGCUCUGGUUUUAUGAGCACACAUCAUUGGUCGUGCCAGCAGUUCCUGAGGCUAGACCCCGAAUGAUAAGAUGGCCAGUAAAUGUUAGAUGGAAUGCUAUACAAAUUCAACUAGCGUUCAACAUGCUCAGCCCUGCCGAGGUUAAUUAAAUAAGGUUCAAUUAUAGUUUGUCAAGUU